AGCUCAUCAGCUAGUUUUCAUGACAGCAAUGGUGCAUUCAUUACCUUCAGAGACAGAGAGAGAGAGAGAGAGAGGGGAUUCUCAACGACGCCAAACUGUCCGCGCAUAGGUAUCACUGGUCCGGCCAUGGGCUCGCGGCUUUCUUUUCGAAUCAGGAGACGAGUAAUACAAACGGGUAAGAAAUGACGAUCUUCAAGUAGAACAGUGGCCUUCAUUGCCUGCAAAGGACAUAUAAAGUUCUUCAAAAUCAGCAAAAGGUAUUUUGUCUGUCGAACUCUUAACAUCAAAACAGCGUCAAUUUUUGGAUCAACUCGAACUGACCUUUUGGUAAAUGAUACGAUGGAGCAUUUGAUCUUUCAUAGUGUUCCUUAGACGUGAUUUUCUAGUUGGUAAGGGGUACAAAGAAGAGGUUGGAGAGGUAAACAAAGAAGACGAACGAGGUUUUGGGGGCGCCAGAAAAGGGGGAGAGAGAAAGCGGAGGAGAAGGAAGUGGGGGGAACGAGAGGAAGGCAGCAGGGUAGUUGGCAUCGCAUGCAUCCAAUUCGAUGUCCGCGCACUGUUGCUUUGCUGAACUACCAAGCGGUUGCUCUGUUGCUGGCGUCAUCGCUCGAUUUAUAUUGGAAAGGGGGCAGCGCCUUUUCGAUUUCGCUUGAUUUCCCAUUGGAGAGUGGAGCACCGGAGACCGUAGGGGAGAGAAAACGGUUGAAUCUUGUUAGGGUUUCGCCCUCUCCGUUGUAAUCUUGUCGGAGAAGUGUAGAAAGAAGAUUGCGGCGAUCGAUAGCAGGUUCGGAGAAAUGAAAUCUUGGUCGUGAAUUCUUUUUGGGUUGGUGGAAUCUGGGCGUUCUGAAGUAGUUGUAUCUGUUCUUGAGAUCGAAAAAGGGUGCCUUUUGAAGCGCUGGCUAACUGUUCAAGGUUUUUUUUCCACUAUCAUAUAUUGUUCACGGAGAAACACGUAGAGCACGUUAAAUAUUUGUAGUGGAUUCCGAUAAGAUCGAAAGAUUCUUGCUAUGCAUAAGUCACUUUAAAUUAGUGCUUUCAAGACUUUAUUGCUGUUAUGAGGAUGGUGAUGGAUCAUGGCAUCAAUUUUCCUCAUGGAGGAGUUUACCAGCAAUCUUUUUGCAAUCAACAUGUACAUUCUUUUCAACCAAAGGAUGUAAACAGCACAACCAGUAUUUUUCCUGGUGACAUAAACACUUCAGGUGGAAUAAUUACAAAGACAGGGAUGAUAUUGAUUGGGAACUCCAGCACUCCAAACAAUGUUUCUCCCAUGAUUUUGACCAGUAAUCCUCCAGGAAAUAUCCUUCUUGAACCGGUGCCUGGACUUAAGCAUAUCGCAGCGUUUGCUGUUGAUUGGUCCUGCGAGGAAUUGGAAGUGUUUAAACGAGGCCUUGUCACAUAUGCUAGUGAACCUAAUAUCAUGAAAUAUAUCAAGAUAGCAGCUAGACUUCCCGAGAAGACUGUGAGAGAUGUUGCAAAGAGGUGCCGAUGGAUGACUAGGAAGGAGAAUGGUAAAAGAUGUAAAUCUGAAGACCUUUAUGCUGGAAAGAAAAUCAAAGACAGAAAGGAGAAGGUGAUAGGUUGUUCUUCAAUGGUCAGUAUGCAUUAUAAUCAACCUGACAGUGAAUCUGCCUAUUCUGUCAUGAUGUGUGAUGGGAACCAUAUGAAUCAGUUCUCAUCUGAAGCAUUCCCAGUGGUUGACAGCAGAACAAAGAAUCUUCUGGAAGACAAUGUAAAACUUCUUCACCAGAUUGCAGUUAACAUUGAAAAUAAUGAGAUACAAAAUAACAUCGAUCUCUUGUAUUGCACAAACAACAACAUUACAGCGACUCUAAAUAGCAUGCUUGAAAUGCCUGGUGUUAUGAGCCAGAUGCCUCCACUGCCUGUGCAUGCCAAUGAGAAUCUUCUGCAUUCCAUAUUGCCCUAUACUAGUCAGAUUUAAUUUUGACCACAAUGCCAUCUGGUUUAUCCAAAAUAAUUUGUGAAGUACUAUGAAGAUCAGAAAGAGACCAACUCAGAUCUUUUCAUUAAACAUAACUGCAGAUGAACAUGCAUGGUGCUUAUCAUACAGAAAGAACAACAAACGAUUCUUUUUAACUUAUAGUUUUGGAUUCUCAGAUCUAACAUUUUAAGAAACUGGCAAAGCUGGAAUCUGGUAGUCCGAUUGUUGUCAAAUUAUGGGCUAUCACUGUUGGCAUAUGGUGAUGGAUUGAGGUACCACCCUAUGUUCUUUGGGAACCAGCUGAUUUAUACUGUACCACAUACCACAGUAGGGAAAGAUUCAGGCAUGAAACGUGAGUGUGCUACAUGUCAUGCUGCUGAAUAAGAAACAAACACAAAAUAUUUCAAGAUAUGGCAUAGCAGGAACUUGUGAUUGAUGAUCUAGUUAUGACUUCUGAUGGUUUAAUUUCAGUGUAUAGUUUGUUGCACCUUGAUUCUUGGUUGGAUACAGGAUGAGAUUGACCAAUACAACGUGACCAUGAUGCCAAUCGAGAUUCCUUGACUUAUUUAGUGGUUACACAUGCAGCGAAUGACUUGGGUGGACCUUAGGUGAAUGGGACUGGCCCAGGUUAAGUUGCUUGAGAUUAAUAACAUUGUUUUUGGAUGUUCAGUGAGUUUAACCUUAUUACUCAUGCAAAGCAUGCUUGAGCAGAGGCUGAGCUGGCUCUUUAGCAUGUCAGAUUUUGGUCACCCGUGUCCGAUGUACCACAUUAGACAGAGUCCUGGUUAGGGUGAUAGGUUCAGGUGACUCAUUGAUUUCACUAGUAAACAUGUGAGAGAAGCUCGAGUUGAUGGUAUGGUUGUGUUUGACAAUUAACAACAUAUUGCAGCGAAUCAUGCAAGAAAGAAGAAGACAAGGAAAGCUGAAAAGGAUAAACUACUAGUUGCUGAUAAAAUGAGUAGGAGUUUUGAGGAUUCAACUGUGUAAACUUGCUCAGGUAGUAAUAUUAUCUAUCAAAAUGUACUUCAGCCUCAAAUCUUUUCUCUUUCUGCUGUUUUCUCUUUAGAUAGGCACAUGGACCUGGCAACUGUUAUGUCAAGGAAGAGCCAAGCUGCUGGUGACCUGCUGCUGCCAAAUGACCGGGUUUCUGUAAGUACACGAUACUCUUAUGUAAUUACAAGGAAGGUGAUCAAAACUCUCUUUGAUACACAUGCCUUUCGAUAAGAGAAUAGAGAUUGCAUGCUCACACCAGAGGAGAUUGAAGAGCGAGUCAAUAAGAAUCCCAAGGACCUGACACUAUAUAUCAAGAUUACGAUAUAGAGCUUCUACGUAAAUGCUUUUUUAUGGAAGAAAGUUUGUGCACCCACAGUAUUAGGUGCUUGCGGUUCAUCAAAUUCUUUCGCUUUGCUACCUAUGUCUUUUCGUUCAAGAGUGAUUUCAAAUGAUAAAUUUUAGUCCCAGAGAAUAAAUAUUUAUCUUCAUAGUGGAAUAAUCUGAAUGCAUAUUCAAGAACGAGUUUUGAGUGUUUUAUCAUAAAUGAAUAAAGUUGGACA